CCGCCCCCCGCCCCCCGCCCCCCACGCUAGCUCCUCGCCAUCUGCCAAUUGGAUUGCAAAUCCCAUCUGGCAGCUCCGACACCCACUCCACCACCUUCAUCCUUCCCUCCCCCGACCAAACUCAACCCCCACAACACUCACGGGAUGGCUUCCUCUGCUACCUCCGUGGCCGCGGCCAGCGAGCUGCCGCUCGACGUCGUUAGCACCCUCAAGAAUGCGCGCUAUGUGAGUAACCGACUCCAUCCACUAUGCGAACGAGCUCCCGCCAUCUACGGAGCAGUUUGAUCUGAUGCCUGGAGUAGCUCCACCUGGCCACGAGCGGAGGCGUCUGGCCGCACGUCUCGCUGAUGAACUACACGUUCCUCCCGGUGACACCCCACCCCGUCCCCGCCAGCCCCGCCUCCUCGGCUACCCAUCCGUCGUCCGGUCCGGUGAUCAUCCUUACCGUUCAGUCCGCCACCAAGAAGACGCUCAAUCUCCGCGCCAACCCCCGCGUCUCACUGCUCGUCCACGACUGGGUCUCGCAUCGCGCCUCGUUCUCGGACACCCCGUCUGAGGAUAAACCACAGCAGUCGUCGCUCGCCACGCUGCUAACGAACCUCAACUCGGCGUGCUUGUCGUCGAUCUCGGCCACGCUCUUCGGCUACGCGCAUCUCAUCGACAGCGGCUCCGACGAGGAGGCGUACUACAAGAAGGUGCACACCGACAACUGUGUUGGCGCCGGCGAGAGCAUGUGCUAUCUCGAGGGCGAGGAUGCGAGGAUCGUCGUCGUGACCAUCUCCUGGGCCAGAGUCGCCAACCACAAGGGUGUCGUAAAGGACUGGGUCGCUCCCGGAGAGGAGCAGGCUUGGGCCGAGUUCGAUUCUGGUGCGGGUCAGGUUCAGCAGCAGGUUAAUGGCUCGUAGGGGGUGGCUAGGACACGUGCAAUAGUUCGAUGAUUGUACUUUUAGCUACUCGAUUGUGAUUGGAUGCUGCGGUGACGUAUUUUUACACGCGCGUGAUAUUUCCAGCUUUAAUUUUGCCGUGCGAACGGGAGGUGGAGCUUCCCGGGAGACGGGUACCCUCCCGCCGAUACGUGAACUUUCUGUUUUUCCACUGGUGAUCCAUCUUGUUAUCUUGCGGUUUGCAUUCAUAACUGGUUCCAAUUACUUGACGUAGGGAAUGUUUUGGGCUCGAGAUGCUCCAUAGCGAUAAUCAACCUACCUAGUGAUGCUCCAGGAUUCCCAGAUGUCAGAUGCCGAUGCCGAUGUUCUCCCGUUCAAGAUAAGAGAAGACCCCUGCAAAUUAGUGACGUUGUUAAAAAAAUCUGG